CGGAGUAUAACAAAAAUCAAAGAUAAUCUGUUGUUUCUAUUUGGGACGGGGGGAAAACGGAAGAGCUGAAUAAAAUAACAAAAAUCCUAUUCUUUAGCUCUGGAAGUUUGAAUGUACUCAGUCUUCAGCUAAUUCUUCACCAAACUCUCACGAAAAUAGAGAAAACCCCAACAAUUCUUAUUUCAUUUCAAAACUAGUUAACCAGUUUAUUCUCCCAGAUUCAUCUUCAUCACAUGCAUUUCUCCUGAAAGAUCAAACCUUGAAAUCGUUCAUGUGGCUGCCAAGAAGGACUUCAUAGUUUAUACCCUCAUCCAGUCAUAGAAGCUAUGGAAAGAGUUUUACCUCAAGAGAAGGGACUCAUCUCUUGCAAAUCUCUUUUUGAGAUGUUACGUCCUGCAAUAUCAUUCAAUGCUAAUCAAGAAUGCAGAGAAGGGCUCGAGUUGAGAAUCGGGAAACAGCUUGACCAGGUAACGGUCAAGGAACUACUUCUCAUACCUCCUGCCCCAGAAGAAAAGUAUGACACUGAAUGUCUAAAGAGGAUGUUGAAGAUUUAUUAUGACAACUACACGAGCCCGGAGUACUCGGGUUUCGUUAAAGUGGCAAACCUCAUGGAGGAAUUCUUGUGCGAGGUCGCGAGUGACAUGGACAUAAAAGUGGACACAUUUGCAUAACUUGCAGACUUGUCAGCUUCCGUAUCGGUUGAAGCCAAACAGAGCUCUGAUGGGAUCUACCGAGCCGUAGAUGUUUACCUGGAGAAGCACAAAUAUUUGGCAGAUAAAGAGAGGGAGAAGGUGUGUGAUGUUCUGGAUUGCAGCAGGAUGUCAACUGAAGCAUGCCAGCACGCCGCUCAGAAUGACCGCUUGCCCAUCAGGUUGGUGGUGCAGAUCAUGUUUGCAGGACAGAUGAAGUUAAAGGACACACUGGGGAAAGAGACGAUUUAGUCUUGUGGGGCUUUGAAGGUUGAGAAGAAAGAUGGAGGGGUGGAGUUGAGUGCAAGUGAAGAUGAUGAUCAGGGGGUGAAGGCAGAGAUUGAAAAGAUGGGGAACAAAGUGUUGGAGUUGGAGAAAGAAUGCAAUAUGAUGAGGAUGCAAAUUCAGGAGAGGAAUGAGAAGAAGAAGUCUGUGGAAAGAAAUGAAGAGGAAGUUUGGGUGCAUGACCACCAUGUAUGACUGCAACAACAGCCAUGUGCAGAACAAGAAAAAGGUGCAUCCAAGAUAGUGAGUCCGUUUGGAGACCUCUUUUUUCGGCUUAUCAGGCUUAUCAGCCAGCUUUUUCACCAAACACGUAAUUUUUACUUUCGCGUGCUGAAUUGUGUAAUAAACAGAAAAAGUAAGGUUGGAGUUACUUUUCUGGCUGUAUUGGCUGAAGUUACUGUAGAUGACCAUUUUAGCUAUUUUUACAUGUAAUUUUUUCUUUAUUUUAUUAAUAAAAUAUAUUUUUAAAAUAUUUUUUUCUAGAAUCAGCAGAAUCAGCCAAAACAGCCACUUCAGCCAGAACUUCAUAAAUUUCAGCAGAAACAGCCAAAACAGCCGAUUUUCGUGCUACCAAACGGGCUCAGUAUGUAGCAACCAGCAUAAGAUCA